GUUCGUAGAGCGUGUGUGUGCGCUGUGUUGUCCACCGUGUACCAGUCUGAGCGCACAGCGGAUCUCUGCACUUAGACCAGAGCCAUGGCUUGAGUUACAGUACCUGCGGGCCAUCCCAUUAUCAAAUGAUGUUCUUUUAACCAACAUGCGACGGAUUGCUCUGUUCUUCUGACCUGAAAAAGACCCGAUUCCCCGGUCGGUCCGGAUUAAUUUCCUGCGCAUCAUUUGGACAGGCGUCUCUAGGAUGGAGCACAUCAGAACACCAAAGGUGGAGAAUGUGCGUAUGAUUGAUAGACUGACCCCCAGGAAAUCUACGGUGGGAACAUUAUACCUUUCCUCUACUCACACUAUAUUUGUAGAGAACUCGGAGGCUCACAAAGAGACCUGGGUUCUGCACAGUUUGGUAUACAAUGUGGAGAGACUCCCAACAAACUCCUCAGGAAGUCCUCUCAUUAUCCGCUGUAAGAACUUCCAUGUUUACCGACUGCUGAUCCCACAGGAGAAGGACUGUUUAGAUGUGCUGGCCUCCCUCACUCAGCUUUCAUGCCCAGAACGCUAUGGAGAGCUGUUUUGUUUCUCUUUUAACCCCAACCUGGAUAAAGAAUUAAGGGAAAAGGCAUGGGGCUUCAUCAACCUGAAGGCAGAAUUCAGCCGAAUGGGAAUACCCUGCAACCUCUGGCAUGUCACAGCAGCCAAUCAUGAGUACAGAUUGUGUGACACUUACCCGUCAGAGCUGUUUGUGCCAAAGUCAGCCUCCCCUGCUGUCAUUGUGGGCAGUGCCAAGUUCCGGAGUCGAGGGCGUCUUCCUGUUCUCUCCUACUUCCACAGAGACACCAGUGCAUCAAUCUGCCGGAGCAGUCAGCCUCUUACUGGCUUCAGUGCACGCUCCUCAGAUGAUGAGCAGAUGCUGCAGGCCAUUAUGAAGUCAAACCCUGUCAGCGAGUUCAUGUAUGUGGUGGACACAAGGCCAAAGCUAAAUGCCAUGGCUAAUCGUGCUGCAGGGAAGGGCUACGAGAAUGAAGACCAUUACACUAACAUAAAACUACAGUUCAUUGGCAUAGAAAACAUCCAUGUCAUGAGGAACAGCCAACAGAAGCUUAUAGAUGUUGGUGAACUCGCUGCUCCCUCCAUGAGUGAUUUCCUGUGGGGUCUGGAGAACUCUGGGUGGCUAAAACACAUCAAAGCUGUACUAGAUGCUGGAGUCUUCAUUGCAAAGGCAGUGGCGGAGGAUGGAGUGAGUGUUUUGGUGCACUGUUCAGACGGAUGGGACAGAACAGCUCAGGCCUGUUCGGUGGCUAGUGUGCUUCUGGAUCCAUACUACAGAACUAUCAAAGGACUGAUGGUUCUGAUUGAGAAGGACUGGGUAUCAUUUGGACACAAGUUUUCCCACAGGUAUGCUCACCUUGAUGGUGACCCUAAGGAGGUUUCUCCAGUCAUGGACCAGUUUCUGGAGUGCGUGUGGCAGUUGAUGCAGCAGUUCCCAUGUGCAUUUGAGUUCAGUGAGCGAUUCCUCAUACAGCUACACACACAUAUCUACUCCUGCCAGCAUGGGAACUUCAUCGGCAAUUGCCAGAAAGAAAGGAGAGAUUUGAGGUUACAAGAGCGAACUCACUCUUUGUGGCCGCACCUGUGGGAGAACAGGGCUGAAUACACAAACCCUCUAUACAGGACAGACCACAGUCAGACACAGGGUGUUCUGAAACCUCUCACCACUGCCUACUGCUUCAAGUUUUGGAAGGGAAUGUACGGCCGUGCAGAGAAAAGUGUGGCCUCACACCAAUCUCCAGCCGAUUGCCUGAACGCAGUGAGGGAGGAGUCACAACAAUUGGAGGAGGAGCUUAGCUCCCACCAGGAGAGACUUGCCCAACUGAAGGAAAGGAAAACUUCAGGGGAGAGGAAGAAGACCAACAAGUUGUCUGAACGUGUCCGACGUCCAAUUCCAACCGAGAGCGAACUCGGCAGCCCUCUAGACUACUUCACCGCUCCAAGAAGCGAGAAAAGCACUCCUUCCUUCACACUGCCUCUACAGUUAGCAGCCCCACACAAGAACGGUGACCCUGAUGACCUUUCAACCUGCAGUGAUUUCGAGUCAGGUGUGGCUGACCUCAGCAGCUACUCCUCUAGUGGUGGAGACGACACUAAGGACCCCGAUUCUGACGAGGUGGUCAAAGCAAAUGCCUGAACUAAAACAGAACUGGUGACAAUGAGGGACAAAAGCACAGUAACGACUACCAAACUGGGAACUGCUGGGUUUUUAAUGUUAUUUUAAUUUUUUUAAUCUGUGUGUGAAUUUAUAUUUAAGUAUGUGAACAAGAACACACAUCCAAGAUGGUCUAUUAUAGUAAAUUCUUAUUUUUUUGUAUAGUAUUUUAGGUUUUGGUUUGACUGUAUUUUACUGUCUGAUCCUUUAAGCCGUCAGUCAUUUUUUGUCUUGACAUCUUCCAUAGCUAUGCUCGGAACAGCAUAUUACCAUACUAUUCAUACUAAUACACAGAACAUAUAUCAUAACCCAGAAUUAUGGAAGCUUGUUUCAGCCAUGCGAUUAAAAAAAGUUAAAUGUGACCUUUUGUCUCACAAUUUUAUCUUUUAUUACUUACAAUUCGGACUGUUUUUCUCACAACUCGAGUUUACAUCUUGCAAAUUGUUUUGUUUCCACCAUAGUUUUAUCUAACAAUUCUGACUU